AUUAUGGAGAAAGCAGAAGUAAGAAAUCAAACACCCAUUGUGGAAUUCAUCCUCUUAGGAUUUGGGAAUGUUCCUGAACUGCAGACCCUUCUCUUCCUCGUGUUUCUAGUGAUCUACAUUGUGACUGUCUCCGGAAACAUCCUCUUCAUUGCACUAGUUGUGGCUGAUCAGCAACUUCACAUCCCCAUGUACUUUUUACUGGGGAACUUGUCCUGCCUGGAGAUCUGCUCCACCUCCACCAUCCUGCCCAGGCUGCUGGCCAGUCUCCUGACUGGGGACAGAACCAUUUCUGUUAAGGGCUGCAUUGUGCAAUUAUAUUUCUUUGGUAUCCUGACAAAUACAGAAAAUCUGCUGCUCACGGCAAUGUCUUAUGAUCGGUAUUUAGCGAUAUGCAAUCCACUCCGUUAUGCUGCUCUGAUGAAUGGCAGGGUUUGUUGGCAGCUUGUGGCAGGGUCCUGGAUAAGUAGCUUACUGCUCUGCACCAUAGUAAAUAUUUUCUUCUUCCAAUUAACGUUCUGUGAUUCCAAAGAAAUUGACCAUUUCUUUUGUGAUUUUUCACCUAUGAUAAAGCUGUCCUGUGUUGACACCCAGACUCUGGAACUGUUGACAUUUAUUAUCGCUGUCAUAGGGACAUUUGUGCCCUUUCUUCUGACUCUGACAUCCUACAUUUGUAUCAUCACCACCAUCCUGAGAAUCCCUUCUGGCAUCAGGAGGCAAAAGGCAUUUUCCACCUGUUCCUCUCACCUCAUUGUGCUUGCAAUUUUGUAUGUGACCGUAUUAACUGUCUAUGUAAUUCCAACAGCCAACACUCCCAAGGUCCUACAAAAAAUAUUCUCUGUCUUCUACACAGUCCUGACUCCUAUGAUCAACCCUGUCAUCUAUAGCCUGAGAAACAAGGAGGUCAAAGAGUCCCUAAGAAAAGCUAUUCUUAAACUAGUAUCUUAG